UGAGAUGGGGACGGAAGGAGGAGCAGUUCUGUAAUGGCAACCAGAACAAAUCUUACGAACUAGUGUUGUGCCGUUUUUCGCCUGUUCAGUAAAUACAGUAUUUGUCUAAACUCUGGCCUUGUUAUUUUACUUCCGGACACCACAGCAAUGAGUGGGCUUUUUGAGUGCGAGCAUCCGGCCACGUGGAGGAGAGUUGAAGGUAAAUAUUGGGACGUGGUGGAGGCCAAGAGCACGAGCAAAAAACCUGGCAAGCUUCUCCACCUUGACAAGUGGUACCAAGAGGAGCUGCCCGCCGUCAUCUCAAGUCGAUCCGAGAAACAUGUCACACUGGCAGAGGUGGUCAAGCUGAUGGAGUGGAAGCUCACUAGGGGGAAGUUCAGGCCCCGUCUGCAGCAGCUGGUGUCUUCCAACAGUGAGGAUGCAGUGGACAAAUGUUCCCGAAAGGCCUUCAGCCUCCUGCCCGACGUGGCGGCGGCCAUCGCGGAGCUCAGCUCGCUCAAAGGAAUCGGCCCGGCCACUGCGUCAGCCGUGUUGGCUGCGGGGGCUCCCGAUCAGGUGGCGUUCAUGUCGGACGAAGCCUUGGAGAGCGUGCCAGGGCUCAAACCCAUCCAGUAUACAGCCAAACACUACACGCUCUACCUGGACAAGAUGGUGGACGUGACCCACAGACUGAACAAAGCGGACCCCCAGCCCGAUUGGACACCCCAAAGGCUGGAGCGCUGUUUAUGGGCACUCACGGUCGCUAAACAACAGCGGCUCCCACUUCUUCAGGAUCUCGACGUGAAGGGCGGCAGUGUGGCGGAAGAAAGCGUGGAUUCUGAUCACAGAGCAACUAAGAAACUUAAAACAAGAUGAAAGAAAUCACUGAACAUUUUUUGUACUUGAGUAAUAAUAAAGGCUUUUGUGGAGAAUUGUC